CAGUUACUUUGUGAUUAAUAUUGGGCUCACUCUAUGCUACACUGAUGGGAUGCUCCCAGCCUCAGGACUUUGCUGGCCAGUGGAGAUCCAGGGCACCUGCCAAGCAGGGCAGUCAGGAAGAAUGGGGGGAUGAAGGGUUAUGUGGGGUGUGGGAUGGGGUGGAGGGGGAGCAUUCGCAAAGGUCCCGAGGCAAGUCAGGAUCAGGGAGAAAAUAAGUACAGAUGUCUGGAGAGGGAGGAGAGUGAAACAGGAAUCUGAGCAGACGGACGCCACAUCUGGGGCCUCUAACUCAGCCUGCUCACGGGGCUUUAGACUCGACCCUGCUGGGACACUGGCCCCGGGGUCUGGCGGGUUGUGGACCUGUGUUAGGAAGUGGAACCUGUGUGAGAGGGCUGCUGGUUUUCUAGGGUGACUGGGAGGAAGACAAGAGAAGCAAUGGGGUGCUCUGGGGCCCCCGUGGGAAACCAGCCUGCCGUGGCCAGGCCGCCACCUACCUGCUCCCACAUCAACUUCAGGCAGCCGCUGGAAAGUGUCUUGGCCUUCCUUCCUAACCCAGGAAAGUCCCCCCCCCCCUCGCCCUCUGCUCCAACAGGGACACUAAUGGAAAUCAGUGCCUUGGGCACUGUGGCUAUUCUGUUUUCAUGAGUGUGUGGUGUGUGUAUGUGGGGUAUGGACCCUAAAGGUUCAGGAGAAGAGUUCUAGGGAAGGGUUUGGGAGAGGGCGUUGGGAAAGGGGUACAUAAUUACAAAACAGCUGGUGAUGGUCUAGGGACACAGAAGAUUGUGUGUGAGGAGGUCAUGCUUAGAUUCUCCAGACCCAAAGGCAUCAGCCUGGGAGGCCUGGACGUGGAGUCCAGGAGGAAGAGAGUUGGGGGAGGGUGUCUCUCAUGAAUGGAACCAUGGGGACGGUCAAGGCUUGAGAAGCCAUGAGGUAGACCCCCCAGUCUCUGCAGUUGAGUUCAGAGCUGUUCAGAGGAGUCAGGGAGGGAUCUGGGACCCCAGGCCCUGGGGGUCACGUGGAAACAAGAAAAGGGGAUGGCUGUUUGCCAGCCAGGGAGAAAGGGAGGCUGAGGACCUUAGGGCUGGAGUCCUGGACCUACAAACCUUAGAAGCUGCCUGCUUGGGCCAUGGGGUAAGAUGAGGUAGGCAAUGAGGCAGAAAUGUGACGGGAGUGUGUGUGUGUGUGUGUGUGUGUGUGUGUGUGUGUGUGUGUGUGUGUGUGUGUGUGUGGUGUGUGUGUAUGUGUGUGUGUCUAGGGGACCCUCCUAGGUCUGAACCUGAUGUGUUAUCUAGUGAAAACUUUGGGGCUCAUUGAACUCCUUUGCAAGUUUGUUCUCUCUCUCUGCAUAUAGUGUAUGUGUGUGUGCACGCGCGCACAUGCAUGCGCGCGUUUUGUUGGUGAUGGCUUUUGUUUUUCAAGACAAGGUUUCUCUGUGUAGCCCUGGUUCUAUAGACUCAGAGAUCCCCCUGCCUCUCCCUAGUGCUAGGAUUAAAGGCGCUCGCUAAGCACCCGGCUCUCUCCCUCUGCUUUCUGGUUUCUGGGAUUGAAGUGAGUUAAAUCAGACCAGAUGGCACGUGCCUUUCUCCACCGAGCAACCCAGGCCCAUGAUAAAUGUUUGGAGGCAGGGGGAUGUUGAGUCACAAGCAUCACAUGCCACACUUUGGAAUGCAUUGGCAUCAAAUUGGUCUUCCCAGGUUUCAAUUUGGGUUUUUUUUUAAUCAAUUUGGGUUUGUUAAUGUUGGUUUAUUUAUUUGUCUUUGCCUCUUUCUCUCUGUGUCUGUGUAUGUGUGUGUGGUGUACUGGGCAUUGGGGAUUGAACUAGACAGGGUCAUUGAACAUACAUGCUAUGUCAGUACUCUAUGACUGAGCUAUAGCCCAGUCCUGAUUUUUUUAUCCUAACUUAAAUCAUGUUAAGAUUUUCAUGUAUUUAUUACCUUCAAUCUCUCUCUUUUUUUCCCCUUCAGACUAAGGCUGGGCCAACAUGGCAUCUGUGUUUCGAAGCGAGGAGAUGUGUUUAUCCCAAGUGUUUCUCCAGGUGGAGGCUGCGUAUUGCUGUGUAGCUGAGCUGGGAGAGCUUGGCUUGGUUCAGUUCAAAGAUCUAAAUGCAAAUGUGAACAGCUUCCAGAGGAAGUUUGUGAAUGAAGUCCGAAGGUGCGAGUCCCUGGAGCGAAUCCUCCGUUUUCUGGAAGAUGAAAUGCAAAACGAGAUUAUAGUCCAGAUGCCGGAGAAGAACCCGGAGACUCCUCUCCCCCGAGAAAUGAUCACCCUGGAGAACACGCUAGAGAAAUUGGAAGGAGAGCUACAGGAAGCCAACCAGAACCAGCAGGCGUUGAAGAAGAGCUUUCUGGAGCUGACAGAACUCAAAUACCUCCUAAAGAAAACCCAGGACUUUUUUGAGACAGAAACCAAUUUAGCUGAUGAUUUCUUUGUGGAAGACACUUCGGGUCUCCUGGAGUUAAGAGCCAUACCUGCGUUCAUGACUGGAAAGUUGGGGUUCACGGCUGGCGUGAUUCACAGGGAGAGGAUGACUUCCUUCGAGAGACUGCUGUGGAGAGUUUGCCGGGGAAACGUGUACUUGAAGUUCAGCGAGAUGGACACACUCCUGGAGGAUCCCGUGACGAAAGAAGAAAUGAAAAAGAAUAUAUUCAUCAUAUUUUAUCAAGGGGAACAGCUCAGGCUGAAAAUCAAGAAGAUCUGUGAUGGGUUUCGAGCCACCAUCUACCCCUGCCCCGAGCCUGCGGCUGAGCGCAAAGAGAUGCUGGCCAGCGUCAACGUGAGGCUGGAAGACUUAAUCACCGUCAUUACCCAAACAGAGUCUCACCGGCAGCGCCUACUGCAGGAAGCGGCCGCUAACUGGCACUCGUGGGCCAUCAAAGUGCAGAAGAUGAAGGCGGUCUACCACGUCCUGAACAUGUGCAAUAUCGACGUCACCCAGCAGUGCGUCAUCGCUGAGAUCUGGUUCCCAGUAGCGGACACCAGGAACAUCAAGAAGGCCUUGGAGCAAGGCGUGGAACUCAGUGGCUCCUCCAUGGUCCCCAUCAUGACAGAAGUGGAAACUAAAUCAGACCCUCCCACCUUCAAUAGGACCAAUAAAUUCACAGCUGGCUUCCAGAACAUUGUCGAUGCAUAUGGUGUAGGUAGCUACAGAGAGAUAAACCCAGCUCCCUACACCAUCAUCACCUUCCCCUUCCUGUUUGCUGUGAUGUUUGGAGACUGUGGUCACGGAAUGGUGAUGCUAAUGGCAGCCCUGUGGAUGGUCCUCAAUGAGAAGCAUUUGCUGGCUCAGAAGAACACCAACGAGAUCUGGAACACCUUCUUCAACGGCCGUUACCUGAUCCUGCUCAUGGGUAUCUUCUCCAUCUACACUGGCUUGAUCUACAAUGACUGCUUCUCCAAAUCUCUUAACAUCUUUGGGUCCUCCUGGAGCGUCCAGCCUAUGUUCAGAAAUGGCACGUGGAAUGCUCAUGUCGUGGAAAGCAGUCCGUAUUUGCAGUUGGACCCGGCCAUCCCAGGAGUGUAUUCUGGAAAUCCCUAUCCAUUUGGGAUUGAUCCGAUUUGGAACCUGGCUUCAAACAAACUCACAUUCUUAAACUCCUAUAAGAUGAAGAUGUCAGUCAUCCUGGGAAUCAUUCAGAUGACUUUUGGUGUUAUUCUCAGCCUCUUCAAUCACAUCUACUUCAGGAGAACCCUCAACAUCAUUCUGCAGUUCGUCCCGGAGAUGAUUUUUAUGCUCAGUCUGUUUGGAUACCUGGUGUUCAUGAUCAUUUUCAAGUGGUGUCGGUACGAUGCCCACACAUCCCAGAAGGCUCCCAGCAUCCUCAUUCACUUCAUCAGCAUGUUUCUCUUCGACUCCGAUGACUCCAACGCACCCCUGUACAGCCAUCAGCAAGAGGUCCAAACGUUCUUUGUCAUCAUUGCAUUGGUGUCUGUGCCGUGGAUGCUUCUGAUUAAGCCAUUUAUUCUCAGAGCCAAACACCAGAAAUCUCAGCUGCAGUCUUUCACGAUCCCUGAGGAUGACCUUGAGGGUGGCCACUCCAGCGCCUCUGCUCAGAAGACCGCAGGGGCCCACGGGACCAAGGGUGACCAUGAGGAGGAGUUCAGCUUCGGAGACGUCUUUGUCCACCAGGCCAUCCACACCAUCGAGUACUGCCUGGGCUGCAUCUCCAACACAGCCUCGUACCUUCGGCUCUGGGCCCUCAGCCUGGCUCAUGCAGAGCUGUCUGAGGUGCUCUGGACCAUGGUGAUGAACAUCGGCCUUCGCCUUCGGGGCUGGGGAGGGCUCAUUGGGGUCUUCAUCAUUUUUGCCGUGUUCGCCAUCCUGACAGUCGCCAUCCUCCUCAUCAUGGAGGGCCUCUCGGCCUUCCUGCACGCCCUCCGGUUGCAUUGGGUGGAGUUCCAGAACAAGUUCUAUGAGGGGGCUGGCUCCAAGUUCUCCCCCUUCUCCUUCAAGCAUGUCCUGGAAGGGGCCACUGAGGAGUAGACUCUGGUGCUGGCGGCGGCAGCUGAAGGAGUUCAUUCUCUCUUGUCCCCAGUGUCAGCCCAGGCCUGGCGUCCCACUCGGCAGCCCUGCACCUGUGUGAGGUUUGGCAGGGUUUAACCGAGUAACCGAGGGACUGCUUUUCACUUGGACUCUGUGUGCAGAUCAAAUACUACAAUAACUGGGGAAUGGAGGGAGGGGACACUAGACCACUGUCUUCUUGUAAUAGUUUUUUGUUUGUUUUACUUUAUAUUUGCUUUGAGACAAGGUCUCAUUAGCUCUAAAUGUCCUGGAAAUAGCUACAUAGCCAAGGAUGACUUUGAACUCUGGCUCCUUCUGCCUCCACUUCCCAAAUGUUGAGAUGCCAGGCACAGGCCACCACACCUGGACCUCCUGGUUAUAAUCAUGGAAAUAAAUGUCUGCUUUGUUCACUGUUUAA